UCCUCUCUCUUCUCUCUUCUCUCUCAUAAGCGGGAAGUUACUUAGCAAGGUUCCGGGUUUCCUAGCACCCCGCCUGCCCUCCCUAGCAGAGCUACAAGAUCUUAGUCCCUUAGUUCCUCGGUUGCUCUGUCCGGCAGGAAGCAACCCUUGUAUAUAGGUCCACACUGGGUCUGCCCUUGGCGCAUCUGCCCUCUGCUGACUCCGCCCAGCAUCUGUCUAGACCCGCCUCGCGUCAGAGCAGACCUACAGCACGGCAGCCAGUCAGUCCCUCUGGACCUGCGGAGAGCCUCAGACUGCAGAAAUCACCGCGCCUCACUCGCCUCAGCCUCAACAGCGACCUGAGUCUGCUUUUAGCUUCCCUUCGCCUGCCUUGGCUUGUUUCUGUUCAAGAACAGCUGUUUGGCCCCUAGAUUAGAGAAAGGCGCCUCCUUCCCCUCUCCCAAGAGAUCCUCUUCUAAGUGCUGAGAGAUGGGGAGUGGGGAACCUAAUACUGCUGGCAAGAAAAAGAAGUACCUCAAGGCUGCCCUGUAUGUCGGUGACUUGGGCCCUGACGUCACAGAAGACAUGCUCUAUAAGAAGUUCAGACCUGCCGGCCCUCUACGCUUCACUAGAAUCUGCCGUGACCCGGUGACCCGCACCCCCCUGGGUUAUGGUUAUGUUAACUUCCGCUUUCCUGCAGAUGCUGAGUGGGCCUUGAACACAAUGAAUUUUGACUUAAUUAAUGGUAAACCAUUUCGCCUCAUGUGGUCACAGCCAGAUGACCGCUUAAGAAAGUCUGGAGUUGGAAAUAUAUUCAUCAAAAACUUGGAUAAAUCCGUAGACAAUAGGGCCCUGUUUUAUUUAUUUUCCGCUUUUGGGAACAUUCUUUCCUGUAAAGUCGUAUGUGAUGACAAUGGCUCUAAGGGUUAUGCCUAUGUCCAUUUCGAUAGCCUUGCUGCUGCCAAUAGAGCUAUCUGGCACAUGAAUGGAGUCCGACUCAACAACCGCCAGGUGUAUGUGGGCCGAUUCAAAUUUCCUGAAGAGAGAGCAGCUGAAGUCAGAACCAGGGAUAGAGCAACAUUUACUAAUGUUUUCGUGAAAAACUUGGGAGAUGACAUGGAUGACGAAAAACUAAAGAAACUUUUCAGUGAAUGUGGGCCAACUGAGAGUGUUAAAGUAAUAAGAGAUGCCAGUGGGAAAUCUAAAGGCUUUGGAUUUGUAAGAUAUGAGACACAUGAUGCUGCCCAAAAAGCUGUGCUAGACCUGCAUGGCAAGUCAAUAGACGGGAAACUCCUAUAUGUAGGCAGAGCACAGAAGAAAAUUGAACGCUUGGCUGAGUUAAGGCGGAGAUUUGAAAGGCUGAAAUUAAAAGAAAAAAGUAGACCUCCAGGAGUGCCUGUCUAUAUUAAGAACCUGGAUGAAACCAUCGAUGAUGAAAAACUGAAGGAAGAAUUUUCUUCAUUUGGAUCAAUUAGUCGAGCCAAAGUGAUGAUGGAAGUGGGACAAGGCAAAGGGUUUGGUGUCGUCUGCUUCUCUUCUUUUGAAGAGGCUACCAAAGCAGUGGAUGAGAUGAAUGGUCGGGUAGUAGGCUCUAAGCCACUGAAUGUCACUCUGGGCCAAGCCAGGCGCAGGUGGUGAGCCCUAACUGUUGGAUACUUAACUUGGGUUCCUUUGUAACACGGGGUGAUUUUCUGCAAAUUCACAGGUUUUUGUUGUUUGGUUUUGUUUCGUGUGUGUGAAAUCUUAUUUUGGAAAGGGUACAUAGAAAAUCUUGUUCAUUUUAGUGAAGAACAUAAUUUUUAAAUGUAAAAUUGUCAUUUUAUAUUUUUUUACAUAAUCUCUAUCCUUAGGAAUUUAAAGCUUAUUCCUCUUCAUUUUUUCUAAAUUGCCUAAAUGAGGCAAUUCAUUAUAUUUCUGUCUUUAUUACCAUAAUAUUAAUUUAAUUUCCUCCAUGAACACAUUCUUAGCAUUGUCCUUCUUUCUGAUUUUGGCACAAUGAAAAGUUGCCACUUGCUUUUUUGAAAAAUCAUCAAAGAAUAGGGAAAUACAUAUGAGACACUUAAAAUUGCUACAUAAUUUCAUUUAAAAUUAUUACUUAAAAGGAAUAUUCUUUAAAAAAAUAUGCAAAUUCUUUCCUUUUUUUUGUAUUAGUUUUCCUUUACAAAUAUAUGGGAGCAUACUACACACUUGUUAGUAGCUUUGACUAAGUAUUGGAAGAGGUUUUUAUUAAUGUCAUGCUCUUGUUUUGCAAUCGGUGCUUUUAGAAACUGUUGCAUUGAUUAAUGGCUAUUCAAAAUCUGAUGGUGUCUUAAAAAUCUUUUCCAAGAGAUUUAAUAUUUGAAAAUAGUCUAAGAAAUAUCCUUAAUAGUUGUUUUCCUAAAUGCAUAUAAUGCAUACCUACAGGUAGACUAUAUUAAAUUAGCAAGAAAAUUUAAUAAUGCACUCACUCAUUUUUACCUUUAAACAUUUUAUAUGCUACUGCUGAAAAACUAAGGACCUGUUGUUUCUUGGAAACAUUGAAUAUAUCCAUGUGCAAACAUUGACAGUUGUUUCAUUAAGAAACAGGUUUUCCCUUGAUUACGUCAUACUUCUUCAUCUAUUAUAUGAGAAUUAUUAACUCCAAAUAGUUCUUCUUUGCUAAUCCAGAACAUUUAAAAUAAAACCUGCUGUUUCCAAACAUUAAGGGAAAUAAAUUGUUCUUCAAGAACCAUGCAAUUUCCAAACUACAAAUUUUCCACAUUUCUUUGAAGUAACCUCUUCUCAUCACUUUCAGCUUUCAAUCCAUGUAACACUUAUCAUCAGAAUAAACACCUUUAAAAAUUAGAAAAAUAGUCAAAUUAUGUGAAACUUUAAUAACUCUCUUAGAAUAUAUAAUUCACUCAUACGACAGAUCCAAUCAUAAGAACGUUUGAUGUUUCUUCUCAGUUGACUUUUUAUUGUUUACAUAUGAAUCUUCAUUUUCAUGAAUAAUAUAAAGUAAUUAUACAAUUUUAAAACUUCUCUUAGCUCUUUGACCAUUAAAAGAAUGUAGGAUAUUUCUGUGUAAUAAUACCCAAUUGUGUGUAUAUACAUAGUCUAGUAUUUUCAAAAUGAAAAUCACUGAUUUGCUGAUUAUAAAUAUAAUACAUAAUCAUAAUCAUGAAACAUGUAAACAUUAUAGAAGGAGCCCAUUCUCAAUUUUAGUACAUACUUUUAUAUUUUUUCUUAGGUGUGCACACAUUUUUACAAAAAUAAAAUAUGUAGUGUUUUAUAUUUUUGUUUUACAUUGAACUGUAGUCAACUUUUCAUACCAAUAAAUAUUGAUAUUUAUAUCAUGAUUUUAGGGACUUCAUAAUUUUCCUUAAUAUGGAUAUUGAAUAAGAUUUUUGAAUCAAUAUUUUUUAAAAUUUGUGAACUACACUGUGCUGAACAUCUCUUUCUGGAAACAUUGUACAUCAUGAGUUUGACAAAACUUCUAUAAUGUGUAUAAAUUAAAAUCUUCCAGAGAAUUAAAACAAAAUAGUUAGAUAUGUUGCCAAAUUUUUGAAUACUUUCAACAUGUAUUAUGCAUAUAAAUUUAUAGGGAAAACAAAAAUCAGAAGACAAUAUUUUCAUGUUUGAUGUACCUACUUUAUAUUAUUGCAACUAUCAAAAUACAGAAAAUUUUAAAUAGAUACAAUGGCAAUUAUAUACCACUUGCUGUAUUCAUUUCAAACACUUUUUUCUUGAAGAUUAUUUACUUUUAUUUUAUAACAUUAUUGUUUUACUUAUAUGUAUGUCUGUUUGAAGUUUCAAGGUCCCCUGAAAUUGAAGUUACAAAUAAUUGUGAGUUGCCAUGUGAGUCCUGGCAGUUGAACCCUGGUCCUCUGGAAAAGAAGCCAGGGUUACCCACUGAGCCAUAACUCCAGCCCCAAAUAUCAUUUUAAAAUCAUAGUUAUAAGCAAAAAACAUCAUUUUAGCCUGAUUCUUUAAGAAGUUUAGAUCUAAUACAAAUCUAGGAAGAGUUUUAGAAAGUAAAAAUUAUCAAAUUUAAUACAUGAUUUUGGAACUUAAUAUUUAAAGUGUGACUAUACUCUAAAGAUUAACUUUUAUAAAUUGCAGGCAAAAUUAAGGAUUUCUAGGAAGAGGUAAAAUAGAUAUACUGAGGAUCUAGGUAACCAUUUGAAAAAAUUGAAAAUUCAGUAUCUGAAAACCAUGAAGAAAAUACAUAUUAAAGGUAAUGUCUAUUUGAAUAAAAACAUCUGAGUAGUUUUUCAAUCUUGUGCUUAAGUUUUAGCUACAUAUAAUAGACUUCCAAAAAGCAACAAUGUUGCCAAAUGUUUUAAAAGCUUAUUGCCCAGCGUUUGAUUAAAAAUUGACUGUUUAAUACAAGUUUUGUUUUUCUUAAGUUUUCAAUGUUAUCACUUGGACAAAUUUUAAAUAUGCCCAGGGAGAAGAAAAUUAAGACUAUUACUUUGUGAUUACAUGCCAUCAUCAUAAAAGUUUGGGGGAGGGGAGUAACCUUUUGUACACGAGAUUUUACACAAACUUUUGUUAAUGUAUUACCAAUGACUAAGGAAAAAGAAAAAUGUUAUACAUGUAAGUGAAAUUUUUAGCUUGGGCAGUUGGAAGCAAUAAUAAUUCUUUCUUUAAUUAAGAGUUUGGAAAUGGAUUAAAUAUCAUCUUCCUUGCAAAUAAAUAACCUAAUCUAAGAGAGCAAUUAGAAAUGUGUCAGUAAAUGACUGAAGAGAGAUAAAAGAAGUGUGUUUAACACCUAAAAUACACUAUUCCACAAACCAUUAAUGAAUACAUUAAUAACAUAAGAGAUACCCUUCCAUCUGAUUACUUUUCAAUUCUCCUCUCAAUGUUUAAUGAGCUCAAUGAGAUUUUAAGAAGUAUAUGGAAAUGUAAUUGAGAACUGAAAAAAUAUUUAUAUUGUUUUAUGUUUUUGCUGUUGAAAUAUCCUCUUUUAAUGUUAAGGUUUUUAUCAAUGAUCUCUAUUAUUUUACCAUACUAUAUAUCCAUGAUUGUUCACCAUUUGAUUGAUAAGUAUAUCAUGAAUGCAAAGCCUGUAAUGAUAGCUAUAACUUAUAAAAUUAUUUGUAGAGCAGUACUUUUUAUACAUUAAUGACAUGUUGUAUAAAGACCAAUCAGACUCCACAGUCUUCUGUGCUGAAAUACAUAAUGACAGUAAUUCCUGAAAAAGUAGUACUUGCUCAUCUGAAAUUAGUUAAUCCUUAUACAGUCACAGUAUUGUUUACUUCUCUUAACACAUGCCCUAACAAAUGAUUUCUUAGACACUCAGGAGAAUUAGUGUAUCCCAACAUAGCUUCAGCAGAUCAUCAACAGUAGGUUAGAAAAACUCUAGCUAUAAAAGUAAAUCUGAAAAUAUAAAGACUUGAUGCAAUCUAUAUACUAAAGCUUAUAAUUCUUGCUUUUAAAGACUUAUUUAUUUUAAUUUUUGUGUAUGAAUGUUUUGUCAGCAUGUGUGUAUGUGUACAUGGGUCAGAAAAGACCAUUAGAUCCUUUGGGACUGGAAUUACAGAUGGUUAUGAACCACCAUGUGGGUACUGGGAACUGAACCCAGGUCAUCCACAAGAUCAGCAAGUAGUCUUAUGCACCGAGCCAUCUUUCCAGUCUUCAGUCAACUUUCUGGGUUUUUCUUUUCUUUAAGUUAGUGUCUCAUAGCUCUGACAGACCUGAAACUCUUUAUGAAGACCAGGGUGGCCUUGAACUCACAGAGAUCCACCUACCUCUGUCUCCAGAGUGUUAGGAUUAAAGCUGUGUACCACCAUGCCUGGAUUUCUAAUUCUUAUAAUGUAAAAACAUAACUCCAAGUACUUUGAUCCUCAAAAAUUACAGUCAAUGUUUUAAAAUAUGUUUUAUUUGACAGGCAAAAUGUCUUUUCAUUAAAUUUAUAAUACAAAAUUUGGGGCCUUUUAAAAAAAUGUUCUUAGUUCUUUAGGGAUCUCUAGUAAAAAAGAAUGAAUGCUGAUAUUAUAUGGCAUGAUUUUCUUAGUCAUCAGACUAAUUUUUUAUUUCGAACUAAUCAUUAAACAAAAUAUAGCAUAUAAUAAAAAAUUACACCUUUAGGGAUUAACUAUGUUUCCAAAGGGGCAUAUUUUGCUUUUGAAAAAUAAAGGACUUAUUUAUCAAUAUCUGAUACUAUUUAAAAAAUAAAUUUAAGCAUAUAUAUAGAAUUACAAGAGAUUUUUUAGAGUCACUUAUCAUUGACAACUUUUCACAUUCUAAAUUCUUGAAUAAAACACAGAGGAAUUUACAUACUUUUCUUUUUUCUGUUUCAGAAAACCCCAAGUAUUUAAAGUAAUAGAUUUCUUAUACAAUAUAUUAUAUUUUAAUAUUAUUUAAAAGAGAAAAUACUUUUAUUGCAGUAAUAAGACUAAGGUCAUGUUAAAAAAUUGUUGUUUACAUAUUAGAAGCAAGUCAAUUAAUUUGUUUCCAGACAAGAAAAAAAAAGAAAAACCAAGAAUGCAUUUCUUUAUUCUGUAUAGGGAAAAAAAGAGAAAUUUGUUAAUUGACACAAAUUAAAGGAUACAAAUAGUCAUUUGAAUAUUACAAAUGUAAAUGAAUAUUGAAAGGACAAUAAAAUUCUGCCUAUUUUGAUGUCUAAGAUUAAACAUCAAGAAGAGCUUCCAUUCAAUUUCUAUAGUUAUUCUUAUUCUUGAUGUAACUACUAACAGUGAUCUUAAUCCUCAGGAGUACUUCUUUUAUGAAUGAACUUUCUUUAAAAAAAUGACUGGUGCUAAUCUAUUCCUCACUACUCUUUUACCUCCAUUUACCUAACCUCAGUCCACCCUGCAAAUUUUCGAGGAUAUAUAGAAUUUUUCUGGUUUAUGUAGUUUUUCUAAACAUGACCUCAAUUUUUAAUUUGUAGCAUGUAUGUGAUACUGUGCAACUUUGCUGAGAUGAUUUUUAAGAUUUGCAUGUUAGGAAACAGUAGAUGGUGGGAAACUUGUCUAUUGUUCAUAUGUGAACGAAUGUAUUUAACUGAAGAUGUACUUUUAAAAGAAUGUACAUUCAAAAAUAGUACUAAUUAAAGAAAUAGCAAAUCUA